ACCUAAACUAGUAGAUGACCAUCAAAAACAACUAUACCAAUCAAUGACCACUAUCGAGCUAAUUGACUUAUUGGACCGCAAUAUAMAACAUGUACUWGGACAGUUUUCCCGUAUAACUACCUGGGCUCAACAAACUAAGCUUGAUUAUUUGGCCAGUGUAUACCAGGCAAGUGGACAGGCAUUUUUCCAAAUAGAAACUGCAUGUAUGGAUGCUAUCCAGGCUAUUGGCAAUCGAGGGGACAGUACUAGACAGCGCCUACAUCUAGUACAAAAUGCCUGUUUUUUUGACAAUUGGAUCGRUUAUAUUGACCGACAAAUUGAAUUGUUUGCCAACUGUCCACUUGAGGCGUAUGGACUGUCCGAUAGUGUCCAGGAAUUGAUCGGUGAGUUUCGAUUGAAUCGCCGGGAAAUGUUGGUCACCAUACAGGAGGCAAUCGAUUGGGAACUGGAACGCAAUGAACAUGCAUUUUGGGCACCGUUCGAUAUUAAGAUUCUAAAUGAUAUGAAAUCUGGGUUGCAAUUUAGAGAGGGUGUGAGUGUUAUUAUGGUUAUGGUCUACAUAGGGUCUGUUUAUUAA